CCCGCACACAUCAGUACAUUUCGUGAGACUGUAAACAGCGAUCGCUCAAGAAAGCUGGCGUCGGCGUCUGGCUAUACGCGACCAAUAUAUAUGUUUACGAGGAAGUUUGUCUCUUACGAGAGCGAGCAGAACGAAGCAGUGCCUAGCAGAAUGUCCGAUCCUGACCAACUGGAGAAAAAGACAAGGUUACAGCGCCACGGACCUGACAGUGUGCACAGCUGGAUGACAGCAGGUGCCUGCGGGCUAUCCAGCUUCUUUGCGUCCUGCGCCGUCCGCUCCGGUGGCUUUGUGUUCGUGGCCGUCCAGGAAAACUGGCAAACAAGCCGGAGGGACGCUGCAUGGCCAGUGCUCAUGAUGGCCGCAGGGACCCAGGCUUCCGGGGUGCUGUCGGGACCACUGGCGCAGCGCUUCACCGUGAGGCCGGUGACCAUUGCCGGAAGCAUCAUGUCUUCAAUUGGCCUCGUCCUCUCAUCUUUCGCACCCAGCACAACCGUACUCACGGUUACGCUUGGUGCCAUACACGGGUACUUCCGAGAUCAAACGGGCUCUUACGACGCGGUCUUCCAGUUGUGCGGGUUCCUGCAGUUACUUUGCUUUCUACUGUGGCUCAGCGUCUGCGUGGCUGAAAGGCUCUCCAAGCGGCGAAAAUGGUCUCCCAAGGACGAGCUGGACAGGGCUGCGAUGCAUGUGUGCAAGUUCGUCUAUUUACCCGGUGCUGGUUUUGCAGUGUGGCGGGGCUAUCCCUGUUACCCAAGAGAUGACGCAAAGGCUCGAAAACCGAGUACGGUCACGACUCUGGGCGAGAGAAGCUGCAGUGUAGUAGGCCUUUCCUACGGGACAAACGGCGAUUGCUCUGUGCGGACUACUGUUCUAUAAUCAUCAGCCGGCAACCUUUGUGAUAGUAGUUUAAUACUAGCAUCGUGGAGGCCGACUGGCGCCUCAAAGUCCUGCGUGUCUGGCCGAGAUUUCUUUUAAGCCAUCUCGCUCAGAAAGGCGGAAAAGUGACCAGUCAUAAGAAGGUGCUUUAAUGCCAACGCAACUGUACCUGUAUGGAGGAGGUUGUUUAUCGUCGUCAUACGAAAUAAUGCUGUACUGCGCUGCGUUUUAGAAGCAUCUUAUAACACCUAAUGAGAGAAAGGGACCAAUAAAACGGUGCAAUCGUUCCAAUGCUUAACCGCGUGAGAAGUGGAGGACACAGAGCUGUUCUGUCCGCUCUUCUUUUUGCUAGGCUUUUUUAUGUGCUACGAUACUCCUACGAAGUAUGCGUCAGCAAGUAGCCCGCCAGCAAAGACUACUAUACUCCUUUUCUGUGCCUUUUCUGUGAUCUCAUACGGCAUAAAGGUGCGCCUAGCGCGCUUUACGAAGGUAUUUUCCCACCUGGCUAUAAAUUACUUUUAACUACGCGGCCAGGAUUAAGCCGUAUUACUGACGCUCAUGACCUGCACCUGGGGUCACCACUUCAAAAUAAUCGAGCCGAUGCUUUCCGAGAGCGGAAGAAAUCACACGUACUAUCGACCUAAAGAGUUUACGGACCAAGGGACCUGGCAAAAAGCUGAAUAUCUCCGCAGCCUCAAAACGCAGCCUGGUAUUCCCAUUUUUAGUCUGUACUGGUAUAUGCGAACAACAUUGUGAUGUACGGUUUUACUGGCUACUUUUAAAGGCUGCUCAUGCAUUUAACGUUUCCUGAGAUCCUGGGGUCUGUAAACUUUUUUGGUCGACAGUACACACAGGGCAUUUUCAGUGCGUUGUGCGGCGAUAGUGGGCUUCAUCUGUGUGUUGCGCGCCGUGGACGCUUUGGAGAAAAAGACAAAGACGAAGAAGGCGUUCAGCUUGAUCGGAGCUGUUUUGCUGCAUGACCGCCUGUGAUAGCCCUCGCUUGGCGGCACCCUCAGUGGCACAUACUCUGUAACCCACUUUGGUGACAGGUUCACUGUAGAGAGGCACAUACCCAGUGCAUUGAUGGCGCUGCUCACUAAAGCGUUGGCGACAACGGCGUUCACUGAAAAGCGGCACGUCAUCAUCAUCACCAGCCUAUUUUUUAAAAAAAACGACACAUAC